AUGGCCACUCUCCACCCCAACGCCGCUGCCCCGCCUCCCAAUGAGCCCACGUCCACCCAGAAUCCGCCCUCCAAGAUGACCCUCUCUCUGGGUCACUUGCCCAAAAAGCAGGACAUCAAGGGGCCUUGGCCGCGCACCCCUUCGCGGGUCGAUCCCAACAACCCUCCAUGGCCCGCAUACCGUGGAUACCAUGAGUAUUCCUUCGCGCAUGCCACCAUGGGUGUCCGUCUGCCCACUAUCUUGGGCAAGGCCAUUGAGGAUGCUAUGAAGACCCUCAACGACGAGUCCUCGGAAGAAUACGUUGUCGACCUCCUCGCUUGCAUCGAGCGUAUGGACGGCCUCAUGACCGAUCUCUCCGGCAACGCAAAGUUGAGACCCAUCAUCGACGACGGUGAGGCGGACGUCGCACUGUGGAACAAGGCAAUUGCCAAGUAUUUCCAAGGCAAGGAUUUCAUGAACGCGCCCUGGCUAUUCGCUGAGGCGUACAAGUACCGCCGUCUGCGGGAAUGCUUCAGUGUGAGCAAGCACUGGAGAGAUUACGACGUUUUCUUCAGGCAGAAGUGUGAUACGUUCUCCCGUUCUGCGGAUGCCGUCUUCGAGCUUUCUAUGCGUUUUGCGGAACCCUUUAAGCACUCUGACAACCUUUCGGACGCGGAGAAGCUCGAGGCCGAGAGAUUGAUGUUCCUCGAGUUGACGCAGAUCUGUCUCUGGGGUAACUCCACCGACCUCUCCCUUCUGAUCAAUAUGACGGAGGAACAAAUCAAGUCUCUGCAGUCAACGGGUGGCGAGCACCUCGCCGCCACCGAGAAGAAUAUUCUCGGUAAUCACUUGCCCCAGUUGUGGGAGACCGUGAAGGAGUUGAGAAGUAAGACCGGUGGUCGGAUUGAUUUCGUCCUCGACAACGCUGGCUUUGAGCUUUACUGUGAUUGUGUAUAUGCUGACUUCCUGAUCCAAAGUGGUUUAGCGAAGCAGAUCCGGUUCCACGGCAAGCGGUACCCCUGGUUCGUCUCGGACGUGACGAAAAAGGACUGGGAGUGGUUGUUAAACACUAUGGUCUACGGUUAUCUCUUCCCGAAAGCAACCGAGCAAGAGAGGGAAUCCCUUAGGCGUAUGGGUGUGCGGUGGAAGCAAUACGAGAAAGAGGGCAAGUGGGUAUACGAGCAGCACCCCUUCUGGUGCACUGGCUACACGUUCUGGGAGCUCCAUGGCGAGGCGCCCGAUCUCUUCCUCCACCUUUCUCGCUCCGACCUCGUCAUCUUCAAGGGCGAUCUGAACCACCGCAAGUUGACCUACGACUGCGCUGCACCCGCGUCGACACCGUUCGAUGUAGCAAUUGGACCUAUGGCAAACGCUGCGGGUGCACCCAAGGUUUGCUCCAUGAGGACAAUCAAGAGUGAUGUCGUCGUCGGUUUGGAGAGUGAUGAAGUGGCCGAGAAGCUUGACAAUGAAGAGCCGGGCUGGAAGAUCAGCGGCAAAUACGCCGUGGUGUUGCUCUCCGAAGGUCGACCUGGAGAGAAGGUUCGUUUCGCAUAA